GAUUCUGCAGCAGAGCCCCUGUCUCCUGAUUCCCCAGGCCGGAAGAUGUCUUCAUUGCCAAGAAGAGCAAAAAUACAGGCCAAGAAUGUGGAAUCCAAAGAUGAAUUUUCUUUCUUCUCUGAGUUGUCGUCUGGCUCUGAAGAAGAUGACAAAGAAGAUAGCAUUUGGGAACCUCAGAAGAAAGUGCCCAGAAACCGUAAGCAGCCUGCUUCCAAGGAAUCCAGACGAAAGCCGGGGCCGCGGGGGAAGAAGAACACCCCACAGAUAGAUGAUGUGUCGAAAGACAUGGCUGUUAAGGUGGAGCUGAAUAGCCCGGUGCCUAUUGUUGAUGCCAAUUUGGAAGAGAAAAAUCACGAAUUGCAUAUGACAAAGACUCUGAAAACUGCAGCAAAAAAACAAAAAAACACAGUGCAGAGGGCCAAAAAAAAGUUGAAAGUUGAUGAGGAAAGCAGCCAUGCUAGCCCCAUGGAGGGUGGAAAUAGCAACAUGGAGACGUCCUCAACAAGCACUGCAGGGGAAGGUGUGCACAAGAAGGAAGAAGGUGAAGACGACUUCACGUUUGGUCAGCCACCUUUAAAGAGGAUCAGGACAGAAGCAUGUCCUCAGGGGAAGCCUGUCAAGAUUCCUGACAGCAUUACAGAGGAGGUGGAAAUGAACUGGGACAUAGUGCAGGUUUUGUCUGAGAGAACUAAUAUUGAACCUUGGGUUUGUGCCAACAUCAUAUGCCUCUUUCAUGAUGACAACACAAUUCCCUUCCUUGUGCGCUAUCGGAAAGAGCUCAUUAAUAACCUUGAUGCUGAUUCCUUGAGAGAAAUUCGCCAAACCCUAGAUGAGCUACGGGCGGUUGCGAAGAAGGUUCAUAGUACAAUCCAGAAAAUUAAGAAGGAGGGGAAGAUGUCUGAGUGCUUGCUGAAAGCCUUGUUGAACUGUAAAACAUUUGAAGAACUGGAACACGUGUCUGCUCCAUAUAAAACAGGGAGCAAGGGCACCAAAGCCCAGAGAGCAAAACAGUUGGGACUAGAAGGAGCAGCGCGGACACUGCUGGAGAACCCGGGGCAGCUCAACCUGUUGUCUUACGUGAGACCUGAUGUUAAAGGCCUUUCUGAGCUCAAGGAUAUUGAAACAGGAGUACAGCAUAUUUUAGCAGACAUGAUUGCUAAAGACAAAGAUACACUCGACUUCAUUCGGGACACGUGCAAACAUAGAUACAUUUGUAUCCAGUCUUCUCUUGCAAAAGUACCCUCAAAAAACCUAAAUGAGAAAGAUGUUGAUAAGUUUCAGCUUUACCAGAACUUUUCCUGCAACAUAAGGAGUAUCCACCAUCACCAGAUUCUGGCCAUUAACCGAGGAGAGAAUUUGAAGAUACUGACAGUGAAGGUCAACAUUCCUGACGGAGUGAAGAACGAAUUUUGUAGGUGGUGUAUACAAAACAGGUGGAGGCCACGUGGCUUUGCACGGCCAGAGUUAAUGAAGAUCUUACAUAAUUCACUGGAUGACUCUUUUAAACGCCUUAUUGUUCCUCUCCUCUGUAGAGAGUUCAGAGCCAAACUGACAUCGGAUGCAGAGAAGCAGUCAGUAAUGCUGUUUGGACAGAACCUCCGCCAACUCCUUUUAACAAGUCCUGUUCCAGGCCGCACCCUGAUGGGAGUAGAUCCUGGCUACAAACACGGAUGCAAACUAGCGAUCAUUUCUCCUACGAGUCAGAUACUUCAUACUGACGUGGUUUAUUUGCACUGUGGGCAAGGCUUCCGAGAGGCAGAGAAGAUCAAGAGGCUUUUGCUGGAUUUCAACUGCAGCACAGUGGUGAUUGGAAAUGGAACUGCCUGCCGGGAAACUGAAGCGUACUUUGCUGACCUGAUAAUGAAGAAUUACUUUGCACCACUGGAUGUUGUUUACUGUAUCGUCAGUGAAGCAGGGGCCUCUAUCUACAGCGUUAGCCCCGAAGCUAACAAAGAGAUGCCGGGGCUGGACCCGAACUUGAGAAGUGCAGUUUCCAUAGCAAGGCGUGUUCAAGAUCCAUUAGCUGAGCUAGUGAAAAUUGAGCCGAAGCACAUCGGAGUUGGAAUGUACCAGCAUGAUGUAUCCCAGACUUUACUCAAGGCAACACUGGACAGUGUUGUAGAAGAAUGUGUCAGCUUUGUGGGAGUGGAUAUUAACAUUUGUUCUGAGGUUUUGUUAAGGCAUAUUGCAGGACUCAAUGCCAACAGAGCCAAAAAUAUUAUUGAAUGGCGAGAGAAAAAUGGGCCUUUCAUCAACCGAGAACAGUUGAGGAAGGUUAAAGGGCUUGGUCCAAAAUCCUUCCAGCAGUGUGCUGGCUUCAUCAGAAUCAACCAGGAUUACAUCCAGACGUUCUGCAGUAGUCAGUGCACUGACUCUUCAGACCAGAGCCAGGGAGCUGCAGUGGUCACGAAUGAGAAGCCGAGCAAAAAGAAGAACAAAGCAGAUGUCAUCUUCACACCAAACCCCCUGGACCAGACUUGCAUCCAUCCGGAAUCCUAUGACACAGCAGUCAGGUUUUUGUCAUUCAUUGGAGGGACACUACGUGAGAUUGGAAAGCCUGAAAUGCAACAAAAAAUAAAUUUAUAUCUUGGAAAAGAAGGCAUAGAGAAAACUGCAGAAAGGUUGCAGACAACCGCACAAACCUUACAGGUCAUCAUAGACGGUCUGAGCCAGCCCGAAAGCUUUGACUUCCGAACAGAUUUUGAUAAACCUGACUUCAAGAGAAGCAUAGUGUGUCUGGAAGAUCUGCAGGUUGGGACAGUUCUUACAGGUAAAGUGGAGAAUGCCACUCUGUUUGGAGUUUUUGUGAAUAUUGGAGUGGGAAAGUCGGGGCUGAUUCCCAUCCGAAACAUAACAGAAGCAAAGCUAUCCAAAACAAAGAAGAGGAGGAGCCUGGGCCUAGGCCCUGGGGAAAGAGUGGAAGUGAAGGUCCUCAACAUUGACAUCCCCCGGUCCAGGAUUUCGCUGGACCUCCUCCGGGUGCUGUGAGUGCCCCACUGAAGGCCAAGCACCAGUGUGCCCCUCAGUUCUACAGCCUGACCGUGACAAGCCAGAAGCUUAGGGAACCUGACACUGGCUGAGAGGGAAGCCUAGGCAGAAGUGCUUGUCACACUAUCCUGACUUCCCCUGCAGAAAAAAACUAAUGGGCGUGCUCAUGUGCUGUGAGAGCAGCACUUUUAUCUUCCUCAUUGACUGCCCUCUUCAUAGCAGGUGCUUCACUCCUGCCUGCCAUCUUCUUCUGCCUUGGACCCAGGUCGUGUGUCUUCUUUAUUUGAAGUGCGCGGUGUUGGUUGACACAUUGACACUGGCAGACUUUAAUCCUGCCAUUUUUGUUGAGUUGUUAUUAGGACUUUUGUUCAUAAUUCAUAAUUUUUGUAAUAAUCAUUGUUUUCCCUUACCAAACCAAGUAAAAAUAUACCAGUGAAAGAGAUUAUCAUGUAUCUAUGACUCUCAAGUGAAUGAUUUCAUGUGUUCCCUAGAACAUAUGUAUUGACCCCUACAAUAAAGGACUGGCUAGUGA